AUGGCUGGUAUUACCGAAAUCAUUGCGGCCCUUGGUAGCCCCGACCCCAGCAUCCGCAUACCCGCUGAGCAGGCAGUUAAUCAGGCCAAAGAAACCGAUCUCUCCGGGUUUAUUCUUGCCGUUCUGCAAGAGUUCAGGGAUGAGUCCAAACCAGCGUUUGUGCGUAACAUGGCUGGCACACUACUCAAGAACGCUGUUGCGCCGUCUUUCCGCGAGGUCGCCGCUAGGAAGCUUUUGGAGCGGAAAUGGGCUUCACUCCCGGCGGACGUACGACAGCGGGUGAAGGAGGAAGUGCUGAUUACCCUAGGCUGCCCGAGCCGUGAGGUUCGCAAUGUCGCCGCGAACAUCGUGGGGAGUCUCUCCAGGAUUGAGUUGCCCUCCGGCGAAUGGAAAGAGCUUAUUGGGAUCCUUGUAUCAGCAGUAGAGUCGAACUCCACACAGCACCAGGAGGCCGCGUUAACUGCCAUCGGCUACGUCUGUGAGGAUGGAAACGACAACGAAGAUGUCGAGGAGGCCUUAAAACCACACACCGAUGGCAUUCUUUCUGCCGUCGUUCGUGGCAUGGCGAGCGAAGAUGACAGUGUAAAGCUAAGCGCAACGCGUGCACUGCGCAAUGCGAUGGAGUAUAUUAAUGACAACAUGGAAAAACAAGAUCAGAGAGAUUACCUUGUCGGUGCGGUGUGCUCCGCUGCGAAGGACAGCUCCAAUGUUCGCACGCGUGAGCUUGCGAUGGAGUGCUUAGUGAAGAUAGCCGCGCUGUACUAUAGUACUUUGCCCAAUUAUAUAAGCCAUCUGCAUGCGAUUACGACGGCAGCUAUUGAGAGCGACGAUGAAGCGGUUGCCCUUCAGGCGAUGCUUUUCUGGAUUACCAUUUGUGAAACGGAAAGGGAUAUGAAGGAGUCCUCUGAAAUCGAGCAAUGCCUUAACUAUGCCACCACGGGCAUGUGGUUCUUAGUGAACCUGUGCCUGGCGCAGUUAGUCAAGCAGGAUGAGAACGGUGAUGGCGAGGAUGAGUGGAACUUGGCAGUGGCCGGAGGUAAACUCCUACAAUGCUUGGCCGAGGCAGUUGGAAGUCCGAUUCAUGAGCCCGUUAUGCAGUUUGUAUACGCCAAUAUCAAUAGUCAAGAGUGGCGGCAGCGUGAAGCAGCUUUGAUGGCUUUUGGUUGUAUCCUCGGUAUUGAAGAUCAAGGCGCACAGGAGGCGAUCCAAGAUACCGUCGCUCAGGCUGUCCCUGGACUUCUAGAAUACCUUCGCGACUCAAACCCAAUGGUCGCGGAUACCAGUGCGUGGGUGGUGGCAACUGUGUGCGAGUUUUUCGUGGACGUCUUCUUGCAGCAACCCCAGCGUCUACAUGAGCUGAUGAACUUAAUAGGACCGAUGAUUAGUGCUGACAAUCCACAGAUGGGCAAGCGUGCAUGCCACAUCGUGCAUAACCUCGCCCUUGCCUAUGAGAACGAAGAGAAUCAGGCAACAAAUGAGCUUACACCUUUUUAUGCGGAUCUGAUUGCAGUGCUGCUGCGUGCGAUUGACAGCGGGUAUACCAUAGACUUUCGUAGCAAUGCACAGGAGACCCUCAAUGCGCUGGUCGAUGCCGCAGCGAGGGACUGCAUGCCCUACCUAGCGCAGUUGGUUCCAGAGUUGCACAAGCGCAUAGAAACCCAAUCGAACCUCAUGCGAGCGCAGAUUGCGGCUAGCGGUGAUCUACAGGAUACGGAGACCGCGCUCGGCUUACUGUGUGGGGCCCUCGGCGCGGUUUCUCGAAAAAUGGGCGAAGACUUCGUCAGCCUUGUCGACCCUUCUAUGCGACUGCUGCUCGACCUUAUCGAGCUUAAGAUGGACUACGUGCAGGACGAGGCGCUUGUAGCGAUCGGUAGCAUCGCCUAUAGUGGUAAAGCGGUGAUGACGCCAUACUUCCCUCGCAUCGUGCCGUAUGUUGUUCGCUGUUUACAGGCCUUUGACGAACCAGACAGUGUCUACAGUGUGGUGGCGGCGAUUGGCGAUUUUUGCUUGGCCUGCGGCACCACAUUCGCACCGUAUGCAGGCCAGAUCAUGGACACUCUUUAUCAAAACGUCCGCAACCCACAGGUCAACCGCGAUCUUAAAUGCUCCUUCGUGCAUUGCUUUGGCGAUAUCGUGCUCAGCGUACUAGGUGCUUCAGGGUUUUUGCCCUACAUGAAGGAUCUGAUGCCAGUUUUCGAGGAGAUGUUUAGAGCAAGCACCUCCAUCGACAUCCGUGGUGACCCCGACAGCGAGGAGUACGUCAUGACGCUCUGGGAGGCCACUGCCUCGGUCUACUCCGCCAUCAUUCAAUGCUUCCAGAAAAAAGAGGUGAGGAACCUCGUGCCAUAUUUGUCGGGGAUUCUAAGCUUUGCCAUGCAUGCGGCGAGGAACUCGGCGUCGUACCCGGAAACGCUCAUGGCAGUCGUGACGGUGGUGGGUGAUAUGGCGUCGGUACUGCGUCAUGCGCCCGAUCAACAACUACGUCAACAGGCUAAGCAGGCGCUGCUAACACCUCAAAUGAAUGAGGUUAUAACUAACGCAAGUCGGAACGUUAACCUUUCCAGCGAGGAUGCCAAGCAACUGAAGUGGAUUCAAUCACAGCUAAAGUCCUUGGAGUCAAUUUGA